AUGUCCGGUCAAGAUCCUGUCGGCGACUUCGGUCUCAUUGGCCUCGCGGUCAUGGGCCAGAAUCUAAUCCUCAACGCUGCCGACCACGGCUUCACCGUCGUGGCCUUCAACCGCACAGUUGCCAAGGUCGACCGCUUCCUCGAGAACGAGGCCAAGGGCAAGAGCAUUGUGGGAGCAUGGAGCGCAGAAGAAUUCAUCGCCAAGCUCAAGAAGCCCAGGAAGAUGAUGAUCUUGGUGCAGGCUGGCCCGGCUGUGGAUGCCUUCAUCGAGACUCUUCUCAAGGCUGGCGCUGAGCAGGGAGACAUCAUCAUCGAUGGCGGAAACUCGCAUUUCCCAGACACCAACCGCCGUACAAAGUACCUGUCUUCCAAGGGCAUCCGCUUUGUCGGCAGCGGUGUCUCUGGUGGUGAGGAGGGUGCGAGGUACGGACCCUCCAUCAUGCCUGGCGGCAACGAGGAGGCAUGGCCUUACAUCAAGGAUGUGCUGCAGAGUAUCUCGGCCAAGUCUGAUGGCGAGCCCUGCUGCCAGUGGGUUGGUGACGAGGGCGCUGGUCACUACGUCAAGAUGGUGCACAACGGCAUUGAGUACGGUGACAUGCAGCUGAUCUCGGAGGCCUACGACGUGAUGAAGCGCGGCCUUGGCAUGACCGGCAAGGAGAUGGGAGACACCUUCGCAGAGUGGAACAAGGGCGUGCUCGACUCCUUCCUCAUCGAGAUUACCCGCGACAUCCUCUACUAUAACGACGAUGAUGGAACCGCGCUCGUCGAGAAGAUUCUGGAUUCCGCUGGUCAAAAGGGUACCGGCAAGUGGACAGCCAUCAACGCGCUCGACAUGGGCCAACCCGUGACUCUGAUCGGUGAGGCCGUCUUCGCCCGUUGCUUGUCCUCUUUGAAGGGCGAGCGUACCCGCGCCAGCAAGAAGCUUGAGGGACCAAAGCCAAGCUUCUCCGGCAACCGCAAGGAGGUGCUCGACAACCUUGAGCAGGCCCUUUACGCAUCGAAGAUCAUCUCCUACACCCAGGGCUUCAUGCUGAUGCAAUCUGCUGCCAAGGAGUACGGCUGGAACCUCCAUAAGCCAGAGAUCGCCCUGAUGUGGCGCGGUGGCUGCAUCAUCCGCUCCGUCUUCCUCAAGGACAUCACCAAGGCCUACCGCGCCGAGCCUGACCUCGAGAACUUGCUCUUUAACGACUUCUUCAACAAGGCCAUCCACAAGGCGCAGCCCGGCUGGCGCGACACAGUCUCGAAGUGCGCGCUCUGGGGCAUCCCGACUCCCGCCUUCUCGACCGCUCUGUCGUUCUACGAUGGAAUCAGGACCAAGGAUCUGCCAGCCAACAUGCUCCAGGCUCAGCGCGACUACUUCGGCGCCCACACCUUCAGGAUCAAGCCGGAGCAUGCCAGCGAUGCGUACCCCGAGGGUAAGGACAUCCACGUCAACUGGACCGGGCGUGGUGGCAAUGUGAGCGCUUCGACUUACACUGCUUAA